AUGCGCAACCUCAGAAACGUGCGUCUUCAGGAGACGCAAGUUGAGGGCCAACUUCCUUUGACAGCUACAGCUUGGGAUAUCUCGACCGAUUCAGUCGUGUGCACUUUCGGCCCGUCCGAGCAUAAUGCAGUCAUUGAGCUGCGGAGGAAGCGCCCCGACCUGACUUCCGCGGAGCCUCUGAGCACUGAUGUAUUUGAAUGCCUUGCGUCCUGGGACGCACCGAGCCCUUUGCCAGAUCUGGCUUGUGACCGUGUGCUUUCUCUGCACUAUUUUGCCGAUAACCUGACAGCUUGUCUUGUUUUGGAGGGCGGUGAUAUUAUCAUUGUCCGCGAGGAGCCCCUUCCCGGCGAGGAUAAAAUUGAAAUUCUGGGUUCCGUGGACGUUGGAAUCACCGCUGCUGCAUGGUCCCCGGAUGAGGAGCUUCUGGCAAUCACGACAAGAGCUCGAACGCUUUUGUAUAUGACCCGGGAGUUUGAGAAUGUGGCCGAGAUCACCUUUACCGAAGCAGACUUGCAAGCUUCUCAGCAUGUGUCCGUUGGCUGGGGUAAAAAGGAAACCCAGUUCCAGGGCAAGAGAGCUAAGGCUCUGCGCGAUCCCACUGUGCCGGAGAAGGUUGAUGAAGGCAAACUGAGCAGCAAUGAUGAUGCUAGUACCACUAUCACCUGGCGAGGUGACGGUGCUUAUGUCGCUGUGAACAGCAUCGAGGAAGGAACCCGUCGUGUCAUUCGAGUUUACUCAAGAGAAGGCACCAUUGAUAGCGUCAGCGAACCCGUGGAUGGGCUUGAAGGUACUCUCAGCUGGCGCCCAGUAGGAAAUCUCAUUGCUGGAAUCCAGCGGUUGGAUGACCGGGUCGACGUUGUAUUUUUCGAGCGAAAUGGUCUCCGUCAUGGCCAAUUCACUCUUCGUCUUACAGAGGAAGAGCGGCAAUCAUGGGCAUCUCAGAUUCAGCUGUCAUGGAACGUCGACUCUACUGUGCUCGCUAUUAGGUUCAAAGACCGCAUCCAGCUCUGGACUAUGGGUAACUACCACUACUAUCUCAAGCAGGAGAUCCCGGUGAUGGUCGAAUCUAACGCUCAACACCCAUUCUCUUUCGAGUGGCACAACGAGAAGGCGCUCCGGAUGGUUAUCGGGUCUCCAGGCUCAAUUUUGGACAUUGAUUAUGUUUUUGAUAUCCACCAUGGCUCCACUGUCAUCCCUGAUGAUGUUGGUGCCGCUGCCGUGAUUGAUGGGAAGAUCUUGAAGCUCACGCCACUUCGAUUGGCCGGUGUCCCACCUCCAAUGGCUCACAAUGAGUUGCCACUUGACUCCAACAUUAUCGACGUCGCAUUCAGCAAGUCGGGUACUCGUAUUGCGGUCCUCAUGGAGAAGAGUUUCUCUGUUUUCCUGUGGUCUCUCAAGAGUCGUCCGGUCCCAUUGCCGAUUCUUGAGUCCAGUUAUCCUCUCUCCGAUGCACCUGCUAUGCGUCCGAGACAAAUUGCGUUCGUAAACGAAACGGAAGUGUAUAUCCUCAAGGAUAAUGGGCCAAACACCGAUCAUAUCGAGCGGACCGCUCUUGAGACUAGAGAAUCCCGAGUUGUAUACCAGUCGGUGGAGCCGGAGCAAAUAUCAUCGAUCUUUGCCGGCGUUGGACACCAGACCCUGUGGUUUUCACACGCGUCUUCGCUCAGCCGCCCUGUUAACUAUUCGAACAUUGCUCUUAUCGAGGGAGACGAAGUUGAUAUCGUCCCUUGGACCGACGGCCCUAAUGUUGAUACGCACUGGGCUCGUGCUGUCUCAAUUAGCGAUGACGAGCGGAUUCUGAUUUCGAUGACAAGAACCGGUACAUUGUACGCCAAUAAGCGAGUGCUCGCAAAGAAUUGCACAUCCUUCCUGGUGACCUCGGCCCAUCUUAUUUUCACUACGUCGCAGCACUUGCUGAAAUUUGUUCAUUUGAAUCAUGUGGACGAUAUGGAAGUCCCAGAGGACACACCAGAAACAGAUGAGCGGUGCCGAAGCAUUGAGCGUGGAUCGAAGUUGGUCUCGGUGAUUCCUUCGAUCUUUGCCGUUGUCCUCCAGGCACCCCGAGGAAACAUUGAAACAAUCUUCCCCCGCGCCCUGGUUUUGGCGGGCAUUCGUACUUUCAUUGAUCGGAAGAACUACCGGGCUGCUUUCAUGGCAUGCCGAAGUCAGAUGGUGGAUAUGAACAUCCUCCACGACUACGCUCCGCAGCAGUUCAUGGAGAGCAUCCAGCUUUUCAUUGAACAAGUCAAGAAAAUUGAGUAUAUCGAUGACUUCCUCUCUCGUUUGAAGGAGGAGGAUGUUUCACAAACUCUGUAUAAAGACACUUUGAGGAUAUCCAAGAAUGAAUCCGCCGCUGUUGCUCAGCCCGACACCCAACCUGUACCCGCUCUCAAGCUGUCUGGCAAGGCCAACAAAGUCAACUCCAUCUGUGAUGCGUUCAUAGCGGUUCUCCAAAACCGUGUGGAUACCAACUUGCAGAACCUAGUGACUGCACACGUGUGCAAAUCCCCGCCUGACCUGGAUGCCGGUCUGGGUUUGGUUGCUCGCCUCCGAGUGCAACAUCCCGAGCAAGCGGAUGACGCCAUAGAGCACAUGUGCUUCUUGACGGAUGCCCGUCAGCUUUACUCUCAUGCGUUGGGAUUGUAUGACCUUGAACUGACUCUGUUGGUCGCACAACAAGCGCAGAUGGAUCCUCGAGAGUAUCUCCCAUUCCUCCGGAAGCUGCAGACACUUCCCGAGCUCCGGCGCCAGUUCGAGAUUGACAAUCAUCUUUCUCGAUUCGCCAAGGCGUUGAAGCAUUUGUUCGCCCUUGGUGCCCAUGACGAGAUUCGCGCCUACGUUGUUAGACAUGUUUUAUAUAAGGAGGCACUUGAUCUCUACAGGUACAACCCGGAGGAACAGAGGGAAAUCACACAACUCUAUGCCGAUUACCUUCAAAGCGAUUCAAAGCACAAGGAUGCCGCAAUCGCUUAUGAAUCGCUUGGGAUCUACGACGAGGCCUAUAAAUGCUACAACUCAGCUCACAUGUGGCGCGAAUCGAUCUACUGUGCGAUGAUGGCCGAUUUGUCAACGGAAGCUCUCAACGCUCACAUCAAUGACAUCGCUACGAAUCUGGAGGACGAAGCACGCGAUUACGUCUCAGCGGCAACCGUUUACGUCGAGCACCUCCACGACGUCGUCACCGCUGCACGACUUCUAUGCCGUGGUUCGAAAUUCCCCGACGCGGCUCGCCUCCUGACGCUGAACGGCAAGAAGGACCUGGUCGAAGAAAUCGUGGAUACCGGACUGGCCGAGGCAAUGGGUUCCAUGACUGAUCUGCUGGCCGACUGCAAGAACCAGCUCAAUGCCCAGGUUCCUCGAGUCCACGAACUCCGUCAGCUUCGCGCCGCCGACCCUCUCGCCUUCUACGGAGGCGACCCAACUGGCGGCGAAGGUGGUGUGGACAUCCCCGACAAUGUCUCGCUGGCUCCCACCGAAGCGACUACUCUGGCCGGCCGUACCAUGUUCACCCGGUACACGGGCAAGACCGGCGCAUCUCGCCAGACCUCGCGCACGCGCCGGCGGGAAGAGCGCAAGCGCGCCAAGGGAAGGAAAGGCACCGUCUACGAAGAAGAGUACCUGGUCAAUAGUAUCCGGCGGCUAAUCGAGCGCGUCAACUCGGCUGUGGCUGAAGCUUCGGCUCUGGUGGAUGCAUUGCUGCGUCGUGGCAUGCGGGAGCGUGCAGCUGCCGUUGAGAAGGCGUUGGAGGAUGUCUUGAAAAUGUGUGCGGAUUGCCGAGACGAUGUAUUUGAGGUUCCACAGGUGGAAAACAAGAACCAGGAGGACGAGGAUGGAAAUCCGAUCGAGCCCCCUCCCCCGGUUUUCGGCGGUGCGCGAGUUCUUGCGGAGAGUCUUGGGAUUGUGACUGGCGGUGUUCCUAAAGCCGUGCCUGUUGUCAAGCAGUUGACCAAGUCGUCUCUGCUUGCUUAG